UGUUGUAAUAUUAUUCGAACAGAUAACUUCCGGGACUUGCUAUAUAACUCGCAUCUGCAUUGCCGACGUUUAUGUUUGUGUUCAUAAUAACAAUAAUGUUACAUAUCGUUAUAAUUGGCGACGCGCGGAUCAAUGUCGAGUGCGCAGACUUUUGUUCGAUAUUGUUAUUUAUCUCGGUGCAUUUCGUACGGCGAUGAGUCUUCAGCCAUGCAGUCGGUGACAGUGCUUAUAGUGUCAAUUUUAGUAGUGAUUGUCUCCGGCGAGACGGAAUUUUAUCAACCACAACAACGAUGGGUCACGAAAAUACUGUACGACACGCUCGAAAGUUAUGUCCCGGACGGCGGACCGACGUGCAGGCGGGAUGGACAGGCAUAUCGUGAAGGGCUGAAAGAUCUCAGGCUAUGGGCAACACAAAUGUAUGACGCUUCAGCAAAGUUUCCAACAGGAAUAUUAUCUGGGAAAGCAGUAGAUUUUGGUGAUUACGACGAAUGUUUGGAAAUCAAUACAUCUAGUUUAGAUUUUAAGCCUCAGUAUUGUAUUGUGAACAUACGUUUUUCACCAUCUGUUAAGCUGUAUCCAAAUUACUACAAAACCACUCCACUGGAUAUUUUAAAUUCUUCAAUUUCUGUAUGGGAAGCUGUAAAGGUAAAUCCUAAUCCGGCUAAGGUUCAGCGUAAUGAAAUCAGCACUGCGAUUUGCAUUCCGUCUUCGUGCACCCAUUCGGAUCUACAGUCCACGUUGUCUCAGAAAAUUAUUUCUGCAUUUAAUGAAGAAGAAAUAAACACCACCGUUACCGUGGACUCGCUAUACUGCACCACGCAACACGACAAACCACCCAAGACAUCAGGAUUUAUAAUUUUUUGGUGUUUCAUUUUAUUUAUAGUUGUAUUAACAAUUGUUGGAACACUACUCGAUUUACAUCCAAAGAAAGAAACUGAGUCGAAAUGCAAAUCUAUCUUAGUAGCAUUUUCAAUCCAAUCAAACCUGCAAAAGUUAUUUUACAACAAUACUAAGACUGCGGAAUUUGCUGGCUGUAAUUUCCUUAAAAUAAUGGCUUGUCUAAUUGUUUUAUUGGGACACCGAUUGAUGUACAUUAGUGCACAGCCAGUUUACAAUAUUAACAAAAUUGAAGAGACUUUUGAAAUUAUGAUUUUUGGAAUAGUGCAUAAUGGACCAUUGGUAGUAGAUAUUUUUUUUGUCAUCUGUGGAUUCCUAACUUUUGUUAAUAUGUACAAUGAACUAGUGAAGACCAAACWAUUUAAUAUGCCAUUUAUAUUAUUUUGGAGAUGGUGCAGACUAAUCCCUCUAUACAGUGUGAUGAUUGCGUUUUAUUCUUUCGUGUUGAUACACCUUUCGGACGGACCUUUAUGGAAGCAUAUGGCUGUUCAAGAGUCGGAAAACUGUCAAAAAAAUUGGUGGACCAACUUACUGUUUGUAAACAAUUACGUCAAUGUCGAUCAACCAUGCAUGAUUCAAUCCUGGUAUUUGGCGUGCGACCUGCAUCUGUGCGCUGUGGGCAUACUAAUUGUAUACUUUAUUUGGAAAUUCCCGAAGAGCGAAAAAAUUGUCCUGAUGAGUGCAAUAGUCACGUCAUGUUUUAUUUCAGCGUAUGUUGUGUACGACCACAAAUUUUACCCAACGUUCUUUGGUUUUAUUUCAAACUUGAAAUMCCCAUCGAGCCACGAAGUGUUCACGCUACUUUACAUACCCACGCACACGAGAGCGACGCCUUACUUCGUGGGAAUGUUCGGUGGCCACGUUUACCGGACAACAAGAGCUCGGAAGCCYAACUUCCGGUUCCCGUAUCCGACAUUGUGUCUAUGGACACUCGUCGGUGGCUGUGUACUUUGGAUGAUGUCUAUAUUUUACUUUUUCGUACAUGAGUACAAUGUGUGGGCGAGCGUCUUGUACGCYCUCGUGUUCCGUCUCGUAUACUCGGGCGCAAUAUCGACGUUUAUCGUUGUUUCCGCCGUAAACACUUGUUUCACAGGAUCUUGGACAUUGAUACUCGCGCCAUUAGGUAGACUCACGUACGGAGUGUAUAUGGGUGGAUUGUCAAUACAAUUGUACCAUAUGGCUUCUGCACGUACUCAUAUAUAUUUUAAUCAUCUACUAAACUCAUGGUUUGUGAUUGGUGAUUCAGUACAUGGAUUAAUUAUUGCAUUCAUCCUUUAUAUGUUGAUCGAGAGUCCRUUUGAAAAUCUAUUAAAACUAUUGAUUGACAAAAUAAAAGGAGGAAAACACGAAACUGAAGAAAAAAUACCAAACAACACUGUUGAAAUGUUACAACAUACUAUAGAAAUAAAUAGUUAGCAUAACUUUUUUAAAUGUAUGUACCCAGUCACUAGAAUAUG